CAAUUCUUUCUUUUUUUUCCAUUUUUUUUUAUUAAGUUUUUCAAUUUGCCUAUUAUUUAAUAGCCAUUGUUGAACUAUAAAUAGAGGUAGUAGAGUUACCCUAGAUUGUCAGUGUGUGUGUCUCGUUUUUAACGUUAAAGAUCUCAACUUUCUUGGUAUCAUAUUGAUCUGUGAAAGAAGAUUUGAUCUGGGUUUUCAGAUCUGUUUCUGGGUUUUUGUUAAAGGAAAAAAAAAUGGCCCGCAAGAAGAUCAGAGAGUACGAUUCAAAGAGAUUGUUGAAAGAGCAUUUUAAGAGACUAGGAGGUUAUGAUUUGGCCAUCAAAUCUGCACAGGUGACUGAGUCUACUGACAUCAAUGAGCUAGCAGAGAAAGAGCCUUGGCUCAAAUCAGCAAAGUUGGUUGUAAAGCCUGAUAUGUUGUUUGGGAAGCGUGGAAAGAGUGGGCUAGUCGCCUUGAAUCUUGAUCUUGCUCAAGUUGCUACUUUUGUGAAAGAGCGCCUUGGCAAAGAGGUGGAGAUGGGCGGAUGCAAAGGUCCCAUCACGACCUUCAUUGUCGAGCCAUUCAUCCCCCACAAUGAAGAGUUUUAUCUUAAUAUUGUCUCGGAGAGGCUUGGUUUCAGCGUAAGCUUUUCUGAAUGUGGAGGAAUCGACAUCGAAGAGAACUGGGACAAGGUUAAGACUAUCUUUGUGCCGACAGGAACUUCGUUUACAUCAGACAUAUGUGCUCCACUUGUUGCCACUCUACCAUUGGAGAUUAAGGGUGUCAUUGAGGAGUUCCUCAAAGUGAUUUACACUCUAUUUCAAGAUCUGGACUUCACUUUCCUAGAGAUGAAUCCUUUCACAUUGGUUGAAGGAAAUCCUUAUCCUUUGGAUAUGAGGGGAGAGCUUGAUGACACUGCUGCUUUCAAGAACUUCAAAAAGUGGGGAAGUCUUGAAUUUCCAUUGCCAUUUGGAAGGGUUAUGAGUGCUACAGAGAGCUUUAUUCACGGACUUGAUGAAAAGACAAGUGCAUCUUUGAAGUUCACAGUCUUGAACCCCAAGGGGCGAAUUUGGACUAUGGUUGCUGGUGGAGGAGCUAGUGUCAUCUAUGCAGAUACUGUAGGUGAUCUUGGAUAUGCUUCUGAGCUUGGGAACUAUGCAGAGUACAGUGGUGCUCCCAAUGAAGAAGAGGUCUUGCAGUAUGCUAGAGUUGUAAUUGAUUGUGCCACUGCAAAUCCUGAUGGCCGUAAGAGAGCCCUCGUUAUUGGUGGUGGAAUAGCCAACUUCACUGAUGUUGCUGCUACAUUUAGUGGUAUUAUUCGAGCUCUUAAAGAGAAGGAGUCCAAGCUUAAAGCUGCAAGAAUGCACAUAUAUGUUAGAAGAGGAGGUCCAAACUACCAAAAAGGUCUUGCAAAAAUGAGGUCUCUUGGCGAGGAAAUUGGCAUCCCAAUUGAGGUUUAUGGACCUGAGGAAACCAUGACUGGCAUCUGCAAACAGGCUAUUGAGUGCAUCACUGCAGCUGCAUAAAUUAACCAACUUCAUUCUCCAAGUUAAACCUUUUUUAGUUGUCUUUUUUGUUUUGUGUUAUUGUCUUGUUAUAUGCCAAGUAUGAGCAAUUUGAUUUGUAUCUUUGACAUUUCACAUAAUUGGGCCAUGAAUAAUAAGCUCCAGUUAUGAAUUUACUUUUCCAAUUUCAAACAUGAAGUCCAUUGGUUCAACAA